AUGAAAGAGCGCGAGAAGAUUGAAAAAUGGGCAAGCAGCUUCACAAAGGAUUCUAUUCCCAAGGGACUUUUGACGUUAAAUUUCGUCCGCGCCAGUGGACCUGGUGGACAGAAUGUUAACAAAGUGAACACCAAGGUGGAUAUGAGGUUCAUCGUGGACGAGGCAAUGUGGCUUCCGGAAUAUGUGCGCGAUCGUCUCAAGUCAGAGGAAGCAAACAGGAUCAAUAAGAGCGGAGAGUACGUCCUAACAUCGGAUCGGAAACGCACGCAGAUGGCCAACCUGGACGACUGCAUGGACAAGUUACACGAGAUUUUGCUCAAAGCGGCUGAGUUACCCAAGCUGCCCGAUGCAGAGUCACUGGAGAAACUGGAGAGGAUGUAA